AUGAACCCCCUCGCCAACCUCGAUGAAGCUACUCAGAAGCGAUUGUUUGAACAUAUGGCAGGUUUCUUUCUCUCUCAACCGGCGACAUCUGCACCUCCCCCAAACCCACCUCCUGCUCCUGCUCCUCCUCCAUCGGCAACCAUCGUCUCUAUCCCACCACCCUAUAUUGCUCCGCCUGCUGCUGUAUCUUCGUAUUCGAGCCAACAUGCAUCCACGUCGUCCAGCAGCCAACCCUAUUUGCAAUCACCCGUGCAAGGUCCCCGUGACAUUAGGGCAAUGUUAGAUGCUCAGCAUGGGGUACCAUAUGGUCGGGAGAGUGUACCGAAUCAUUCUGGCGUUGGAUCCAUUCAUCAUCAUGCAGGUGGGAGGAUUCAAGUCAGGGGACAUCCGUUGCAAAGACAGCAGAAGAAACCGAACAAGAUCGGUAGGCCUGUUAGCAUUGUCUCAACCGGCAAGGUUGCUUACAUCCCGUGUGGGUCUCUCAUAAGGAACCAACUUGCUAUCACCGCCCCGGGCAAGACACGAUGGGCACCUUUGAUCGAAUUCCUGGAGAUACAAGGCUAUAUGCGGACGUUUCAACUUGAAGACAACAUGUCGACACAAGAUAUAGCGGCACAUAUCGAGAAGACGUUCCAACGUAGCCCAAGACUCCCCAUCCCAUUCCCAGCUGUAUGGUCGUGGGCGAAACUCUCCGGCAGUUCACACAUCUUCCAUCCUCAUUACGUCUGGAACCCAUGGCAAACGAACCUCUCCAAGUUGAAGACGGAGUUUAAGGGUAGCAAUAUCGCCUUCGUAUUUCCCCAAACAUGGCCACUGGAGAUCCACGACAACCAGCACUUCCGAGCCGAUCUAGCCCUGGCGAUACACCGUGACCCUCUCACCUGGGAACACAUCUCCGAUACCUCCAAGAAAGGCAAAGGAAAACAGCGGGCUGCAUCGGUAGUGGAGUUGGAGGAUGUAGCCGAGGAUGUCGUUCAGGAAAGUGAUGGUAUGCAGGAAUGCAAGCACUGUAACCUGGUGCUCCCUGCUGAGCGAAUGGUUCCCCACUGGAACACUUGCCCGGGUUACCGGGAUGAACAUAUGGUUGAAGAGGAAGAGACUCAAACGGCAGAUGAAGCAGACGGUGAAGAAGAGGACCGGAUGGACGGGAUUGUUAACCAGCUGGAAGACAACUUUAUCAACUGGAGUGGCACGGAGGAUGAGCAGGUUGUUACGGUUCCCGAGAUCGCUGGUGUAGUUGAUCCUAUCCUGCAUACUGGCAGUACCCUCGUCAAUCCCCCUCCGUCGCCGGUACCCCAUCAGGUCACCCCCAGCAAAUCCUCUAUCCCCUCGUCGUCAGCAGAUCUCAAACCCAUCAUGCCCGAGGACAAAUUCAUGGCGCUAUGUCAGACCCAGCUGGAAGCAUGGGGUGCUAGUCAUUUCAGACGCAUCAUCGAUGAUGUAUUCCAGACGAGACGGCGGUUAAGAAGAUCCUCGUCGAUGGUCGGAGAUACAUCGAACGACACGGUUGGUCCCCACGAUUCUGCCAGUCAGGUCACUGCCCGCUCUAGCCCUCCCAGAAACAACCCAGACGCCAUCAAGAUCCCUCACAAGAAUCACCGGAGGCUGAGGGAGGGGUUGUACCUGCUGCGUCUGAGGAGAACAACGAACCUGGAAAACUUGACAUCGGAGACGGACGACCUGUAA